AUGCUAGCAUCACCGCCGCCGGCAACUUCCUUUUCAACCUUUGCCUGCUGGCCUUUACAGGAUACCAUCACUCAACAUCAUGGGUAUAACAACAGCAAUCACGUCUACACACAGAUUAAUGAAGCGUCGGAGUCACUUGUUCAUUGCAGUGAUCCAUCCCGUCCGAACGGCGAGCUCCGUCGCUCCACGCAUUCCCCGUCGAUCAGUAGCGACCCCACGACGGCCCAGAAGAUUUCCCACAAUGCUAGGGAGCGUCAUCGUCGCAAGAAGAUUAAUCAUUUGUACUCCACUCUGCGUUCGCUACUUCCUGCGGCGGAUCAAAUGAAAACAUUAAGUAUUCCAGCGACAGUUUCAGGCGUGGUCAAAUACAUACCAGAACUACAACAGCAAGUGGAGGGACUGAUUCAAAAGAAGGAGGAGCUUCUUUCAAGGAUUUCUAGGCAAGAAGAGCAAGCUCAUCAAGAAAAUUCAAGGCAACUUCCAGCUCGGAGCUCUUCAUCUGCUGUCUCGGCAAGCUGGCUCAACGAUAGAGAAGUUAUGAUUCAGAUAUCAACAUAUACGAGUCCAUUAUCUGAGAUCUUGCUUACUCUAGAGGAGGAUGGGUUUCUUUUACUAAAUGCUUCCUCCUCUGAGUCCUUUGGAGGAAGGGUCUUUUAUAAUUUACACCUUCAGCUACAGCUGGAAAGGGCUGAUAAAGUGGUGCAUGAGGUUUGGAGUGAAAAGCUUCUGUCGUUUUAUGAAAAGGGUGGAGCAAUCUAA